AUGACUUCGUCCAUUGCUGGCCUGAAUGGCCUGCAGAACAGCCUGGGUGCCGACAAAGAUACCCAGGCUGUCGCAUCUAGGACCGUGACAACGACAUCAACAGAAACAGAAACAGAAACAAGAACACAAGCACAAACACACGCUGCGUCCUCACCAGCUGCGACGCCAUCAAAUGUGACCACCACCCCAUCUGCGACAAAGAUAAACGCGACUUUGCAUUCACCGACGAGCAACGACGAAAACCGCGAUUCAAAAGUUGCUGACUCGGCACCGGCCAAACUCCCAGCGCCUUCUGCUUCUGCUUCUGCUUCUGCUUCUGCCCCAACUCAAACUUGGAGCUCAAAUUCUAACGGAAACUCUGCUGAGAUUUCUUCCUCCUCGACUAUGGCCAAGACUGCCAACCCUUCAAACUCAACUUCCACAUCCACUCCCGCGCCUCCCUCGACUGCCAUCGUCCCAACUGCAUCUGCUCUUCCUCCAACAGUCGCAUUGAAUCAUUCGCCCGAAGAACCUUCGGCUGCUCUUGCACCAAAGGCCGCAACCCCUAACCAAGAAUCAGCAUCUUCUGCCCCAGCGAAAGUGUCAGACUCUCGACCUUCACCAUCUACGCCGGCCUCGACUCACGGCGUCCCGAACGCUCCUCCCACAGCUGCUAAUACUACCACAUCAACAUCACAGCAACAUCCGGAGAUGCCAUCUGAUACCGCGGCCUCGGUCCAUGUGAAUGUUAACUCUGGUGAUCACACCAUGCUUGACGCCUCAACCCCUCGCGAUGCGGCUGCAACAUUAAAUGUUGAUCAAGCUCAACAAUCUACACCCUUGCAGCUACAGAUGCAGACCGACAACUUGGGAGAACAGUUUGCGCCGUCGACUCCUUAUGCUGCAACAUCGAUGCCUACCAUCAACCAGCACGCUUACAUGAUGAUGGCACUGGCUACAAUGUCAGGGGCCGCCACAGCCAUGUCACCACCUCCCACAGUCACACCAGCUCAAGUCACUUUGCCUAACCCGUUAGACGAGUCUUUCCAAGGCAUUGCCCCGACAAAUUCGACGCGCCCAACAGAUUCUCACAAGGCCCUUGAAUCCUUUGCACGUAUUGAAUUUGCCGACAGUGUGUUUCAGAUGACCACCUAUGCUGUCAUAAUUGGACGAGAUCAGCGUGCAUUGGAGCAGGCACGCCGUGACGAAAGACGUGCCGAAGAGUAUCGGCGACGUACUGAAGAGAACGUACACCUAGGUCUCCCACCACCUUCCCCGAUACGCCCAGAUCGAAGCAAGUUCAGCAAAUCCUAUGUCAGUGAGGAGGGAGGCAUGCUGGGUCCCGAAUCAGAUACUGGGGAAAACCCGCGGCCUACAAAAAGGCGUAAGACGAGUACACAGGGGUCAUCACAGCACGACUUGGAUGAAGCUGCUGCACAAGCUCAGGAAAACAUGAUUUCUAACCGACAAUAUGUUUCUCAUACGCCUGGCGCCGCAGCAGUUGAUUUGGGCUCUCUGCGUCCCUCGCCGUACCAUGUUCCGUUCAUUGGUAUUCACUCACCAGGUCCAAAUAUUGCCUCGAAGACGAAAGCAAUUUCCCGGGAGCAUUUGAAAAUCGCAUACAAUCAAGACAUGGGUGUCUUCGAAGCUAUACCCCUUCACAAGAAUGGGUUCUUUUGUGAGGAUGUGCACUACAAUCGUGAAAAGCUCGUCCUGCGAUGCGGCGAUCGAUUGCAGAUAAAAGACGUCGACUUCCGGUUUCUCAUCAAUGGAGUUGAGAGGGGCCGAACGGGUGCCGAGGAGGAUAUCGAGGAAGAACCCGCCAUGGCCCUUAAAAAGCGACACGCCCAAGGCGGAAAAGAGAUGAGUUUCGAUUUUGAGUCUGCACAUGGUAACGGCGAUAUUCAGGACACGAGCGAUGAAUUGUCUGAUGUGGCCAGCCCACCUGAGUCUCCCGACUUUGGCGACGGCGAUGAAGAUGAUGCUGAGGCUGAAGGAGAAGCAGAAGCCGAGCAGCCAGCAGCCAUCCAAACAUUGGAGACAGUCCAAGAAAAGGAGGCCAAGCCUGAAGCUGAGAUGGAAGACGAGGCAGAUGGUGAAAUGGAUGCAGAAAUGGAUGCAGAAAUGGACAUGGACAUGGAUAUGGACAUGGACAUCGAUGACAUGACAAUUGCAGGGGCAGAAUCCGGAUUGAAGCAGGAUGGCAUGCUUGAUCCGCAUCAAGGACAUUUGAUGCCUCAAGUACCCAAAAAGAGGGGACCUGGCAGGCCACCCAAGAAUGGCAUUAUGUCAAAACGGGAGCAGCGGCUGCUGAAGAAGCAACAGCAAGAGAUGGCCAAGAAGACCUUGCCGCAGGCACCUCCAGUAGAGCCGCCGAUCAAACGUAAAGUCGGACGGCCCCGAAAACAUCCUUUACCGGAAGGAUCCUCGGAGAGACCAGAAAAACGCAAGUACAAACCUCGCAAGCCUCGGGAGGACGGUGCUGAAGGUUCAGAUGCAGAGAGGCGAGCAAGAGAGAAGAAGGAAAAAAAGACUCGCCCAAAAUCUCCUCCCUUGGAGCUCAAGAUCGAGGACUACACCGAAGAACAGCUCCAAAAGCCAAACAAGAACUAUGGUGUGCUUAUCGACGAAACGCUUACCGCGGCUGGACCGGACGGUCUUACGCUCAAACAGAUAUACAAGCGCAUUUGUCAGAGAUACCCCUGGUUCUACUUCCAUACAGAAACGAAAGGUUGGGAAAGCAGUGUGCGCCAUAAUCUUAUUGGAAAUGAGGCUUUCAGAAAAGAUGAGACUACGAACCUUUGGUCUCGUGUUCCAGGUGUCGAACUCGAUGCUGGAAAGAAGAGAAAGGCAUCGUCACCAGAUCGUGCAGCAGCACACGCGUAUGGUCAAUAUCCAGCCCCGUAUGCCUAUAAUGCCCAACAUAUGGCACCUGGAGCUACUGGCUACCCCCCUGGCCAAGCACCUCCUGGUUAUCAUAUGCCAACAUAUGCGGCACAGCAGACGCAGCCAGGGCGGCCACCGCAGCCAUAUGGUGCGUCUGCAUCACCACCAACGCCUGGUCAACCAGCUCCAGUAGCGGUGGCAUCACAACCGCCGGCACCAGCACAGCUACCACCAGGUUACGGACCUCCGCCAGCCCCUGCGCGCCCACAGCUUGGGGUGCCCCCGCCGGGUACCUACAGCUCCCCAUACGCACCACGGCCACCACCACCAGCAAACACAUCGAUCAAGAGUGAGGAAGGGCACGCCAAUGUCACAGCUGUUCCUGCUGGUGCACCCCUUGCGCAGCAGCAGCAGCAGCACCAUCCCCACCCCUCAGUGCCUCUGACUGCUGCUGCGAAGACUGUGCCUGGAACAGGACCGCCACAGACGCAACAACAGCCUGCCACUCCUGUGAACCGCACCCCAUCGGUUUCAGCAGCGUCUCCCACAGCCCGCUAUGCCAUCGAGCCCAAGUUGCUCGCUGCGGUUGUCAAGCUGAAAAGUGGCCUGAUCGAAAACCUUAAGAAGGCUCGUAACCCCAAAGCCGAAGGGAUUGUCAUGUCAGCACUCAAUCGCUGCAUCGGCCUUAAAAAAGAGGCGACCGAGAACGACAAAAUGGAGACGAUUUGCAUGAAAGGAAUCCGCCAGGUUGUUGAUGCCUACAUGAAAUCAAAGAGUCCCACACCUGGACCCGCCUCUUCUGGCUCCCCUUCUGCUGCCGAGACGAUGCCUUUCUUUGAUGCCAAAGUCCUGGCGUCCAUUAAUGGCUUCAAGGAUGUCUCGGUCAAAGCUCUCAACCCUAAGCUUGGCGAAGCCAAAGCGGAGGCUGUCACGCUGUCCGCUAUUGACCGAGUUUUAGGCAUAGCUGACGCUAGCAUUGUUCCACCACCCGGUGAAGGUGAGGCUGUUGGCAACUUCGAAGGGAUUGAGCUGCACCUCAUGAAAUCCAUUCGGCAGCUACUGACGGGUAUGAACCAGAAGGUUUGA